CCAAAUGAGCGUAUCGAGUCGUUAUUGUCUCGGAGUCGCUAGCGGUGAGCAGAUACGGGGUGCUCCGUGGAAGGACGUGAUAAAAGAUUACGGUCGCAUCAGUCUCAGUUGAUCCUCCAGUGGGGAAGGAGCCAUCUCGCCACGAAUCAGUGGGCGACCAGCUAAUUGGAUCAACGAAUGCCUUCCGUCGCUGAUUGCAGCGAGUGAAUCUCCCGCGUGCACGGACCCGAUGAUCGGGGGAAUCGAUUGUGUUCUGUGAUUGUGAUGUGGACCCACCUUGACUUGUGAUCAACAUCGCUUCAGCGAUGCUAUAGUGUAUAGUUUUCUUCAGAUUCACCAUGUAUAGAAUUAGGGGAUCCCUGGCCCUGGCCAUCGUCUGCUUUUCAUGCGCAGUGGCCGAGGGCAUGACGCAACUGGACGGUCUGACGGACCAAAACAAACCCAAGAGGUGUAGCCACGAGCGCGUGUAUGACAUGUCCGGGGCCUACUGCGUCGGGCUUCGACUUCAGCAUAUACCCAGCCUAAAGAGUGGGAUAGAGAUUCUCGACUUCAGCGAAAACCGUCUGCAAGAGCUGAAAGCGGACACCUUCUCUAGUUACACAAGCAUAAAGUUCCUGUACUUAGCCGAGAAUCAAAUGUACAACAUAGACAAAGACGCAUUCGCGCCACUGUCUUAUCUACAAACUCUAGAUCUCUCCAAUAACGUCAUCCUAAACCUUCCGGAGUCGAUAUUUCAGCUACCUUCACUUCGGAAAUUGUACCUAAAGGACAAUCCUUUGUUGCAUUUAAGUUUUACAAAUCUCCAGCUUCAUAUGCCAAUAAAAGCGCCUUUAGAACUCCUAGACAUAUCAAACUGUAAAAUAGACAAACUUCCUUACUGGGGGACUCUUCCUCACUUGACACAUUACAAUAUCUCGUACAACCUCCUGACUGCGCUUGAGGCGAAGCAUUUUGCAUCAAUGUGCAAACUUGAAAAGGUGGAUUUGACCAAGUCCCUUGACAAAAUAAAGCUAUGCGAUUUAAAGCCGACGAUAAAUUGGCUCCAAGAUAAAAAUGUGUAUUUCCAGCUGGAUGAUUAUUCAAAGUUGAACACAAAAGAGUUUGAAAAAUGCGAUGAUAUGCCGCAGAACUUCGUCGCACUCAACAUAACACAUCACGUGUGCAAAACGGCAUACCUAGAGUUUCAGAGCAUCAAAACCUCCAGAAGGACUUGGCUGACUGUGACCGGUGGCCUCGCCGGGUUCCUGGUGGGUUUCAUGUUGCUGCUAUACCUGAUGCACCGACACAAUGUAGCGCAGACCAAGACGAAGGCAGAAAAGUUGAAGAAGGCGACGCCUGCGCACGACCGCGACAAACAGGCCACAGUGCCGAUCCUUGUUAACGAUUCGAAUGACGUUUCACGACUUUGACAGGCUAAUUUUAGAGUUCAAAAUACGACCUAGGUAUUAGCUAUCGUUUCGAUGCUUUGGCAUAUAGUGACGAUUGUAUUCGUAUAGUCAACACGUGCUUUUUUUUCUUUUUGCUAAGAGCAAUUUAACCGUUAUUUGCGUUCACCAACGUAAGACAAAUAAGAGAUUAAAGAGCUUGGUAAAAUGAUGUUAAUAAUAAAUGGUGUCUAUCAGUCAGAUUACUCAGAUUUUAUAGUUUAGUAAGUAAUAUUAAUGCAGAUCUGAUUUUUGCGAAGAACGCAAAUAUAAACCAUAAAUCAAUCAUAUCUUU